CCCACGCUAGCUGUCCCUUGGUUUAAAAUCAAGUGCGUAUAGUGACGGUUGUAAACACAACUAAAGGGCGAGUUGUCCUUCUCUUCUCAUGUAGUAACGAGAGUUUCGGUUUUCCUUACGGGGACUCCGCUGAUACGCCAAGCUCAUACGGAUGUGAUCUGGCUACUGGAAGUUUUUAUAGAGCUUCCACCAGUGCUGCUGACGUGUUGAAGGGUGUAACUACGACUAGAAAUACUGGGGUAGUGAGGGACGCGAUUAUAAGACGACACAAGGCACUCCCUGUAUACUUGGAUAUAGCACCAGAUUGAUGGAGAACGAUGGCCCGUAUCUCUUUGGACUGUACCAGCUCUUUACCAGGGAUCCCCCUCAGUGUGCUGUCAGUGCCCAUGGAGAAUAAAUACAAAUGUCAGCAGUGUCUCCAGGUCCUGAGGAAGCCUGUCCAGGCUCAGUGCGGCCACCGCUUCUGUGUUCACUGCUUCAAGCAGCUCACCAGCUCUGGCCCAAAGCCUUGUGAAGCCUGCCGUCAAGAGGAGAUAUAUGAGGAGCCAAUUUCCAUUCUAAAUAGCACUGAGGCAUUCCCAGACAAUGCAGCAGGCAGAGAAAUUGCAAGUCUGCCUGCGAGGUGUUUGAACCAAGGUUGCAAUUGGACAGGAUCUAUAAAAGAGUAUGAGGCUCAGCAUGAAGGUCGCUGUGAAUUUGAAAGAAUACAAUGUGAAGCCUGCCAAAACUUCAUCCUUCGUACGGAAAAAGACAGACAUAACGAGAGAGAAUGUGAGGCAAGAACUCUCAACUGCAAAUACUGCAAAGUGACAUUCAACUUCAAAGACAUCAAGGCCCACGAUGAGAUCUGUGUCAAGUUCCCCUUGCAAUGCAAAGACUGUGGAAAGAAAAAAAUCCCCAGAGAAAAGUUCAAUGACCAUAGCAAGUCCUGCGCCAAGUCAAAGAGCGCCUGUCCGUUCAGCGAAGUGGGCUGUAAAUCUGUGAUAGAGAACGGGAAGCUCGGCGACCAUGAGCACGGCAGCACCAUGGAGCACUUGCGUCUGCUGCUGCCGAUGGUUCUGUCUUUGACUCGGACUCGUGCAGAGGCUCCUGGUGCUGGGGAGUGGCAGGAGGACUCUGGUCUGGGCCUGUACAGAGCUCCUGAGGAGGGAGCUGGAGCUGCAGCCUCCGUGCAGCCCGUGGGUUUGGAAAAAAAGGUGAACGCUUUAGAAAACAUCGUGUGUGUCCUGAACCGGGAAGUGGAGCGCAGUUCAGUUACAAUGGAGGCUUUCUCGCAUCAGCAUCGGUUAGAUCAAGAAAAGAUAGAAAAUCUGUCCAACAAAGUGCGACAGCUGGAGAGGACGCUGACCAUGAGAGACUUGCAGCUCUCCGAGACUGAACAGCUGGUCAGAGAGCUGCAGUUCUGCACCUUCGACGGGAUAUUUGUGUGGAAAAUCUCAGACUUCUCACGCCGCAGGCAGGACGCUGUGGCUGGUCGAGCACCUGCGAUGUUCUCACCAGCAUUUUACUCCAGCAAAUAUGGCUACAAAAUGUGCCUGAGAUUGUAUCUGAACGGGGACGGGACGGGUCGGGGAACGCACCUUUCACUGUUCUUUGUCGUCAUGAGGGGCAAGUGUGACGCUCUGCUCAAAUGGCCGUUCAGCCAGAAGGUGACUCUGAUGCUGCUGGAUCAGAACAACCGGGAGCACAUUAUUGACGCUUUCCGCCCGGACGUGACCUCCACGUCCUUCCAGCGGCCGAUCAGCGAGAUGAACAUCGCCAGCGGCUGCCCUCUCUUCUGUCCUCUGGCCAAACUGGCCGGCAAGAGUCCGUAUCUGAGAGACGAUACGAUUUUUAUCAAAGCCAUUGUAGAUCUUACAGGCUUAUGAGGUGUAAUCUGUGGAAGUUGCACCAAAACCUAAAGAAAAACUACUAUAGAUUUAUAAUAAGAAUAGAAAUAAUAAGGAUAAUAAUUAUAAUAAAUAUAUAUAUACUAAAUAUUAUCACAUAUCUGCGCUAUAUAUUGAUAUUGAUAGUUAAUAUUCGUUGCUACAUUAUGUGGGUGUGGAGAACGUGGUGGAUCAGUGGGAGUUAUUCACUCUUUCAUGACGGAGGGAUUUGGAGUCAUUUAACGUCUUCUAAUGUGACCCUCUUGGCAAUUGUAUUCUAUCUUCUAUGCUUAAUAUGAAUAUUUUUAUCAAAUAUAUCUCCCUUAUGUUAUAUAUACAUAUAUACAAUAUUAUAAUGAUUAUUUUACUCCACUUUGCAUUGUGUGGUUCUUCACGUACUUGUUAACCCUCCCGUUGUCCUCCAAAAAAUAUUGUUUCCUUGUCUGGAGAAAAUCCAAAAAUUCAGCAAAAAAAAUUCCCCAAAUUCCUGAAAAUUUGCAAAACCUUCAGGAAGAAAAUUCCAAUAAUUCUGUAAAAGCUUCCCUUAAAAUUUUUUCAAAAAAUCACCCAAAUUUGGCAAGAAAGAUCUUGUAAAUAUUUUCAAAAAAUGAGUAAAACUCUUCCAAAAAAUCAUAAAAAUAUCUAAAGUGAUUACAUAUACAUCAGUAAAACUUAUGUUUUCUUUAAGAACAUUCACAAAAAAAAUCAACCAAAAUCCAGUGAAAUAAGUAUGAUCGUCGACUUUUUUUUGUGAAUGUUCUUAAGAAACAUUUUUAACAUUUCUUUUUUUCCACAAAAAAAUGUUCAGAAAUUUCCCAAAAAUGUUGAAAAUGUAGACAUGAGAAGUUUCACUGUGAAAAUAUUUUUUUUCUUUCCACAUUUUCAAACAACAAUACAAGGGUUAAGCAGAUUAAAUAUAUUUCUUGUGUCCUUACAACAGUUUUAGCUAGAAUAGCACCUCUGAUUGGUAUCUCUCUGUGUCUAUAUUGCUACAUAUAACGUGGUUAUCGUUUAUCUUAUCUGGCUUUAGUGCAACAGUGAACACAUUUUUGCCUUUAUUACUCUUUUAUGUUAAAUGAGUGGGAAGACAAGCUGCCCAAAUCCUGAUAUCAUAUAUCUAAGUGAACCUUGGCACAAAUAUCCUAAUUUUACUUACGAACAUGUAUGUUAAAUCAAGAAUGAAACCAAAAAUAAAUAAAUAUGUUGACAGUCUUGUAAUUAAAAUAAAAUCACAUAAUUUAAGGCCAUCAUGCAGCUAUAUUCAGAACAUUAUUAUAUAUUUAAAACAUUACUGCAGUGUAAUACUUCCACUGCAAAAUUGUAUUUUGCAUUAAAGCACAUAUAACACAUUUUGUGGUUUUAGCUUCUUUUUUUUAACUGUUUUCUGACAUUUUCUAGAUAAACAACACCCUGGUUAUUUGGCUGAUACUGGACCUGUUGUAAAACUGCUACAUUUUAUUAAUACAACACAUUAUUUACUGAGUCUAAGUGUCACAAAUGUUCUGAGAACUAGAGAACUCAUUUAUCACCCUGUUUCUACUUAUGUUGCCGUUCUCAAAUAGUCUCAUGUGAACUCGAUGACUUUCCCCUGUGGGAGCCUGUAAGUGAUUCCUGUAGUUGUGUCACCGGUGAUGCUUUUAGGUGUUUUCUGUAAAAGCGAUACGAUGCAUUUUUUUUUUUAACCACAAACCAGCAGCAACUGGAAGCGUUUCCACUGCAAAGAAAAGAACUCGCAAACCAACCACACUAGGAAAUGCUGAUUUGUUAACUGGGUUAUCUUGCUAGUUGCAGUCGUGCUCUUGAAAUAUGUGGACAGGAUGUACGGUUCCGUUGUGCUAUGUGUGUUGAUAUAUGUGUGCAUGUGGUUGUGUUUCAGCAACAUAUCGCAAAGGAACAGUACAUCAUGUCCACAUUCCUAAAAACAAUGUACUCGUGCAUGUUUAAAAUGUUAUCUUUAUCUUCAUAAGGUAUGCUACGUAACCUGCGAGCUCCAUUUAGGGAAGUCUUUUCAGAUGCAACUUUUUUUUUUAAAUGCUCUUUGUUGCAUUAUGGGAAAUGUAUGAAAUCACAGUUUUUCACUCAUUCUGAGGACUAGAAGUCAGAAUAUCUCAGCCUUUAGUCCUUCAACUUUGACUUGUAUUCUUUUUAAUUUACACCAUGUCUUUUAAGUGACCUAAUUUUAUGGAAGUGCAAUGAAAUAAACCUUCAAGGAGUGUUUGAGCAAAUUUAAAUAAAAGCUACAUAACUGUG